AUGCAGCCUUUUGAGCACAACGUCAACUUCUCGUCGGUUGAUCUCACCAAGGUUGGCAAGUUCAAGCCACAGCUGAUGAAGCGCCUCCUGGGUGACGUUGGUCGACUGCUUAGUGAGAGAUCGGUGCAUCCCGUCCGACCACUUUCGGUUUAUCGGAUUUCUGAGAUUGAGAAGGCAUUCCGCACACUACAGAAUGGCAAGAGCAUGGGUAAGAUUGUGGUAGUUCCCCAUGAAGGUGAUCAAGUCAAGGUAAACAAAAACACAAUGUCUGGGUUCAGAUGUUCAAGUCUGAUCGUUCAUGUUUCAGGCCGUGGCUCCCAAGACCAGUCCAACUCUCUUACGACCUGA